GAAUCGGAAGCAAAGGAAUCGAAUUUGUAGAAUCGGAACGUCGAGAGAUCAGUGAGCUCUAUUGAUGUAAUUGGGAGGUACAAUAUAUUUGUUGAUAUUUGUGCUCUAUGGAACUCCCCUAGAAGAAAUCGAAGGAUUCUUGUAUAUGGGACCUUCUCUGUAUUAACGUUUCAUUAUUUCAGGGUGUGUUCCGUUUCUGGCAGGUAGUAACGAUCACAGUUGUUGGGCAGUCUGAAAGACCAACACAAUGACAACUGCUGCAAGGCCAACUUUCGAACCUGCUCGUGGCGGACAAGGACGUGGUGAAAAGGAUUUAAGUGCUAUAUCUCGCCAGUAUUCAAGCAGAGAUUUACCAUCCCACAAUAAAUUGAAAUACCGAGAACAUGGCCAAGGGUCUACUGACGAGCUCCGCUCCCGAGACUUCCGUAAGGAGCUGGAAGAACGUGAGCGUGAGAAGGACAAGAGCAGUGCCCGUGAACGAAGGACAGAUUCAGGCUCUCACUCCAGUGGAGGUAGCAGUAGCAAGAGGCCUAAACUAGACCAGGUACCUGCUGCCAGCCUUGAUGCUGAUGAUCCUCUGGACGAGGAGGACUCCGAUGAUGGGGAUAGUGAUGAUGAUACUGCACAAUUGCUAGCUGAAUUGCAACGUAUCAAGAAAGAACGUGCUGUUGAGCAGGCAAAACGGGAAAAUGAAAAACGCCAAGAGGAGGAACGCAUUCGAAUGGAAAAUAUUCUGAGUGGCAAUCCUCUUCUUAACUAUGCAGCUCAAGCUCAAAAAGGAGACCUCAAGGUGAAGCGGCGAUGGGAUGAUGAUGUAGUGUUCAAGAAUUGUGCUCGUUCAGAACCAGAAAAGAAAGAUCAAUUCAUUAAUGAUUCAUUACGCUCUGAAUUUCAUCGGAAGUUCAUGGAAAAAUAUGUAAAAUGAAUUACAUUGAUUAGAGUAUUGACUGAGAAGAUAUGUGAAUUAAGUUGUGUUGUGAAGUACUAGAUGAAGAAACAUUGCUGAUAUGGGAAUUAGUUUGUUUGAGUGAACAUAAACAACGGUUAUUUGCUGUUGAAAGCCUUGAGAAUGACUGUUGUGAAAUAUUCAUGUCCUUGUGCAUAUUCCCUGUUAUGAAGAGAUUAUAGUAUGGAUCAUAUUGUUUUCAUCAAAAUCUCUUUUGUUAUUUCUCUGAAAAGUGAAUAUAAUUCUUUAUCAACAUUGAUUGAUUGAUUGAUUGUGUCUUAAUAGCGUGUCACUGUAUUUCACGUUUCUUGGUGGAGUGUGUUGCAGAAAUGAGCUUGUGCUGACCCAAAAUUAAUUACAUAUUUCUUUUGAAGGAAUAAUUUUGUACCAAUAAAAUGUACAUUGUUAAUUGUUUAUAUUAUUAUCUUAAUUUAAUGAGUUAAAAUAAUUAUUAAUCAUUUUUUAGUUAUGCAGUUUUAAGGUUAACUGUGAUUUCACAUUAUCAAAAAUAAUUUAUUGUGAUGAAUGUUCUCUGAUAAUUAGAAUUGUAUUGAAAAGGAGCAACUUAUACUUUUUAGAGUAUGGAUUCUGAAAGCAUUUAUUAAAAAAACAUUUGGUUUAUCAUUUUUGUAUGCAGUUAACCUUUCAACUGAGAAUGAUGUUCUCUGCACAAGUGUGGUAUCUGUUUGUGGCCUGUAAAGCAAUGUGCAAUGGUUGGUGCAGGCUUUGCUUUGUGCUGUUCUCUUAUACUAAAUAAAUAUAUGAAAUAUGCUUUCACAGCUUUAUAGGCAUCAAAUCAAGCUUUACUUUCAUAUGUAUAUAUUAUAUUGUUCAAUUCAUAAGGGGUUCUAUUGAUAUCCAAAUCAAAACGUUCUACUCAUUUGUAACAUCUAACAUCAAUGUAACAUCUAAGGUUUGUGAAGGUCCUAAAUUGAACAUCGUUUGAAAGAAUUUCUGAUUUCUUGGACAGUGAGGUGUAUGAUUCUGUCACGAAAUUCAUGUUUGACAAUCACUGGGGGGCAAAUUUUAAUGAAAUGUGGUUUGUUUGUUUUUUAUUUAUUUUAUUUUUUUCGCUUUAGAACAAUAUCAUUAAGUAUAGGAACUAAUUUUAUAUUAUGACAAAAGAAAAUGACCCAUUUUUAUGAGUAAUGUUUUUGCAUUUUUUGUCGAUUUUGACUUAGUCAUAUUAUCUUUUCCAGUCAUUUUUAAUGCAUUUUUUGCUGAUUUCAUCAAAUUUAAUAUUUUAAUGGUACAAGUACUUGCUUCAAAUAAUAUUUUUGAGAUACAACAAAUGUUUUCCACAGAAUUCUCGACAAGCCUAUUUAUUUAUUCAUUCAGGAAUUGUAAUGUCAUGUAAUCACUCAGAAAUUGUAAUGUAAUCUAAGGUUCAGUGCCAUUGGCAGUUCAGGAUUUUUCGAGACAACUAAAGACAUAUUUCCUGGUAAAGAACAUUCCAUACCAUAAGUUUGCAAGCUGAGUUCACUUGAACGAAUGGCAGAAGCCUCAAUAACAUCAGUAACAUCCAACAGCGUGAGUUGUUCAUCCACAUUGCUUUUGAUCACAUUUUUACAUCAUUUU